CACUCGCUGUGUAACGCUGGUGUCUGUUCUGUAGGUGAAGAUCUCGUGGUCAGCAGUUUGUUUCAGUCUGAGACGGGCGACGUUCCUCCAGAGUUCUCCUGCUUCCUAAACCGCUGCUUUAUCCUGCGCGUGCGCUGCUUACUGGACAGCACCUGCGGAUUCCUGACGAUGCAGUUUCAGGGAAGUCUGAAGUUCCUUCAGGGUCAGAGGAAGAAGACGGCGUCCGGAGCGCUCCUGCGUCCUCAGCUAGCGCUGUUCUGUGUCGCUGUGCCUCUGCUCCUGCCCUCCAUCACCGAGAUGAAGAUGAAGAGCGGCGUGAUGAAGGGCAAACACAAGAACCCCGGCGUUCUCACCUCGUUAGAUCACAAUGACAGAGACGAUGCUCUCAGACGUGCCUCGCUCCUGAGCAAAGACAGCUUCAAGUACAAGAGCGAAGGGCCCUAUGGCCCCGACGAGCCUCUGAGCUUCUGCAAGACGAGCGUUCAGAAGUUCACAAACCUGGACUGCGGCGCCUGGCCCUCGAGAAGCUCCUCGGUCCUCGGCAAACACUACGCUAAACUGUAUCGAUCGGCCCCGGGAUAUUACAGCUCCAGAGCCGAGGCCUUUGUCCCCAAGCCCUACGGGAGCGACUGCGGCGCAGACAAGAGCGAGGGCUUCUGCUUCGACGGAUACGACGCGGUGCUGGAGCCGGCGGUGAAGGUGGAGCAGGACUCGGACUCGGAGAAUGGUUCGUGGACGCAGAUGAAAGCGGAGGCUGGAUUCGGAGAGCAGUACUCCUGCCAGCGGCUGAAGGGAGCGCCGUACGCCGGACAUUAUUACAGCUCGACCCGAGCGCUCAAGUGUGUCCUGAACCGAGACGCAGCGGCCGCCAGCGCACACAACACACACUGCAUCGACGCCUACGCUGCUGACUACAAAGGGUACGUGCAGCACGACUAUAAAGCGGGUAACGAGUUCAAAGGUCACGGGCUGCUUCACUGCAUCAAGCAGGAGCCCGUGGACGCUCCGCUGUGGCACGAUAUGAGUGGCGCACACAAGAUCAACCCCUACGUCUUCAUGCAGUAGCUUCACUCUCAUUCUGUCUUUAUUCA